GAAACGUCAUGACUGACGCCUCGGGGAGCUCUCCGCACCAAAACACCCAAUUGCCUCGGAGCGUGCGCGCGGGCAGGAACUUUCUCCGAGCAACGGGAAAAUGGCAAGGGGUCAGCAGGCCAGCGAGGAGCUCACUGAGGUGCUGAACCAACUCUGGCUCCUGGAUACCAACCGCCAAAAGCCAGGGACUGAUUACAUUAUUUCCCUCCAGGGGAAGGCAGGUUAUGUGGCUCAUGGCAGUAAUUAUGCCAGAGACAGAGCCAGGGCUCCACUCUUCGCAUAUGUCAACGAAGACAAACUCAAGAGUAUCGAAACAUAUGCACAUUUCAUCAACUUGCUGGACAACUAUGAGAUGUCCACAGGCGUGUCAGAGACGGUCACUUCAGAGGAGCUAAAAGAGAACAAGCUGUUUAUCGACGCCAUUCUGGAGACAGAUGUCAUGAAGUGUGCCCACAAGUAUCUGGUUGGAAAGGGGCAGUCACCAUCAGACCCUGCACAGUUCAAGAGACAGCUGUAUGACAUCUGGUUCAGCCUCUACCAUAGGGAUAGGAGGGGAGGUGAAGAUUCUAGUGGAUUUGAACAUGUGUUUGUUGGAGAAACCAAAUACGGCCGGGAGAUCAUGGGUCUUCACAACUGGGUCCAGUUCUACCUGCAGGAAAAACAUGGCCAUGUCGACUACAAAGGUUACAAAGCAAGAGGCAACAAAAAUACACCUGAUGAAGACGACCAUGUCCUGAACCUGCAGUUCAGCUGGAAGGGCUUGGUGAAACCGGUUGGCGGCUCCUUCAUCGGCGUUAGUCCAGAGUUCGAGGUCGCUCUCUUCACCAUCAUCUUCCUCAUGUCGACUGAGAAGAUGACGUCUGUGGUGGUGAAAGUAGACGAGUACAUGCUGGAGCUGGUUGUGUAUCGGCACGGGGGAUCCAUUGGCACAUCUUUCCCUAAACUGCUCAGCAGCAACAACAGGGAUUUGUAAUCCUUCGCCACACAAGCUAUCAGCUGUCCUGUAACAUUUUCAAACGUUUUUGUUAAAUUUUGAAUUAAUUUCUAUGCAGUGUAAUCUCAAAGCAAAUCUGGAUCAGGCUCUCUUUGCACAGUACCUCAGGCUUUAACUAUCCAUAACGAGCAGCAGUUUUAACCUAAACUUCCUGAUCUGGAUUGAUUUUCAUGGAAAGAAUAUAAGUUGUUAUAAAACACAUUUCUGUCGUAUUCUGCUUACUAUUGUGGAGUAAAUAAAACUCUGUUUACAAAUUAGUUUUUGCGUGUUUAUUUUCCCCUUUUGGAAAAAUUAAGCCAGGUAGUUUGCAGGAUUUAGAGAGAUACAACAAGAGCAGCAGAGUUUCUUGUCUGCAUUAUAGUUAUGUUUUAUUUGGUUUUUCCCACGAUUCUGGUCUUUCAGGUAGACCUCCUCACAGGCACAUAAGAUUCAGUUCUUGAGUGCUGAAAUGGAACUGAAAGGUCCAGUGUUUUACAAUAAUUCAGUUUUACUCCAAGUAUUAUUUCUAAUCCCACAAAAACAACACUUUGGCAGCACUGCCUUAGUUAACUUGUAGCACUAUAAACUGACUAACUGGGUAACAAUUGACCGUUCAAAAAAAAAAA